CCGCGAUGCCGGCGUCCCAGGUGCGCUCCCGGGCCCGGGACAGGAGCAACGUCCUCAACAGGGCCGAGUUCCUCUCCCUCAACCAGCCCUUGAAAGGCAACCAGGAGAGCAGGAGCUCCCUCAGGAAGCAGAGCAGCCAGGCCGGCGCGGCCGGCGCUCCGAGCGGCAAUCCCAAGGAGCGCAGGCAAUCCCAGCAGCUGCCCGAGGAGGACUGCAUGCAGCUCAACCCGUCCUUCAAGGGAAUCGCCUUCAACUCCCUGCUGGCCAUCGAUAUCUGCAUGUCCAAGAGGCUCGGCGUGUGUGCCAGCACGGCCUCGUCCUGGGGCGGUGCGCGCUCCAUGAUCAACCUCCUGGGGAUAACGGGCCACGGCAUCCCCUGGGUGGCCGGCACGCUUAUCUGCCUGGUGAAGAGCAGCACGCUGGCCGGCCAGGAGGUCCUCAUGAACCUGCUGCUAGCCUUGCUGCUGGACAUCAUCAUCGUGGCCGGCCUGCAGAAACUGGCCAAGAGGAAGGGCCCGUUUGACGUCAGCCCUGGCUUGUUGGACUACCUGACCAUGGACACGUACGCCUUCCCAGCGGGGCACGCCAGCCGAGCGGCCAUGCUCUCCAAGUUCUUCCUCAACCACCUGGUCUUGGCCAUCCCCCUGCGGAUCCUGCUGGUCCUUUGGGCCUUCUGUGUGGGCUUUUCCCGCGUCAUGAUCGGACGGCACCACAUCACGGAUGUCCUGUCGGGCUUUGUUUUUGGCUACUUACAGUUCAGGCUAGUGGAGUUGAUAUGGAUGUCUUCCAACACGUGUCAGAUGUUGAUAUCAAUCUGGUGAACACGGGGGACUCGAUGCCGUUCGACUGGAAACUAGCAGAUACUUCAAGGGUCUCCCUCCCAGUAUUUUUUACAUGUUGUCUGUUGGAAAGAAUUGUAAAAUCCACAAGUAGUGGUGUUUUUUAAUGUUGCUUCCCUGCCCGAAAGAAAAAAAAAAAAUACUUGCAAUUGGUUGGGUUUUAGCAAUCAAGGGCCACAGCUGUGUUUUGGCCAUAUUAUCAAGCUGUGUUUGUACAG